CAGGAAGCCCCAGGCUAGUGCCCCUUCUGGGCCUGAGGCUUAGGCAGGCCAUGGGCGUGGGGCGAAGGCUUCCUGAAUGCCCAGCUCCCCCCCGCUGCCUAUCCCAUGGCCCUGCCCAGAACUGAGGGCCUUCAUUAGCCCCUGGCACUUAUCUGGGAGCCGCAGCCACCCACGGGACGUUCCCAGCCCUUGUCUCUGCCUGUCCCCAGCCCAGCAGCGCCAUGGGGAACUGUCUGCAACACCAGGUGGCGGAGGGGGACUCUACUAAGUUCACCUUUGGAGACGAUAUCUGGGACGAGUUUAAUGAUUCCUAUGAUCUGAACUAUAACUACAGCAAUGUGGAGGCGGCCGCGCCCUGCCGCUCCUGCAGCCUGCUGGACGAGUCCUCGCUGCCUUUCUUCAUCCUCACCAGCGUCCUGGGCAUCCUCGCCAGCGGCGCGGUCCUCUUCGCGCUCCUCAGACCUCUCUUCCACUGGCGGGUGUGCCCCGAACGGCCUCUGCUAGUACAACUAGCCGUGGGCAGCGCCCUCUUCAGCAUCGCGGUGCCCGUGCUGGCGCCGGGGCUGCGUGGCGUCCAGGGCACAGCUCUGUGCCACCUGGCCCACAUGCUCUGGUAUGGCUCAGCCUUCGCGCAGGCUCUGCUGAUAGUGUGCCAUGCCUGCCUGGGCCCCAAAAUGGGCAGAAGGCAGGUCCCUGACAUCACCCUGCGACUGGGAGUGGGACUCUGGGGAAUGGCUAUCCUCCUGGGGCUGCCAGUCACCCUGGCCAGCGACACUUCCCUGGGCUUCUGCUCCCUGACGUUCAGCAGGAGCCACUGGUUUCUGCAGCUCUCGCACGCCGCGGCCUGUUUCACCGUCUUCACCAUGUUGCCCCUCGCUUUGUUAGGAGCCAAGGCACUGACGAAAAUACUGGGCAGGGGGCCGUGUCCCUGGGUCAACGUCCUGUGGGCCUGGUUUGUGUUCUGGUGGCUUCAUGGGGUGGCUGUGGGCUUGGACUUUCUUGUGCGGUCCAAGGCCUUGGUCCUGUCGACGUGUCUGGCCCAGCAGGCCCUGGACUUGCUGCAGCACCUGGCAGAGGCCGUGGCCAUUCUGCACUGCGUGGCUGCACCCCUGCUCCUGGCCCUGUCCUACCACCAGACCGCGCGCACAUCCCCGCCUGCCCUGCCCCUCCCGCUCACACGGCCUGCUCCUCUGGACACCCAGGGAGGCAAGUCCUAGCUCUCUUACCACCUGUCCACCUGAAUUAAAGUCGAUGCUGCUUUUAUGAA